CUGCCGCUGGAUCUCUUUCCCCUUUUGCUUAAUCUUCUUUCGCUCCCGGAAUCCGGAUCCCGGAUGUGUUCUCUCGAGAAAUCAUGUGUGAUCGCUUGUUCUUGCGUUCCCUUUUCCCCUUUCCAUCGCCUCCGAGGACAUUCGGUUUCGCCGAUUGUUUGUUGCUCUGAGAUCACGCGUGGUGGUUGGUGGAAGUAUGUAUUUGAGAGAAUUUAUUCUCUUUUGCAUCUAUUGGAGUUAAUAUGAGGCGGAAUUCAGAAAAAGGUUACAGCUUGUUAGAGAAGACGAAGAAGAUAGUUCUGACCCCAAAUUGCCUUUGCAGAAAGAAAAGGUCUUUGUGAGAUAUGGGUAGUAGCAUUUACUUCUUUGGCUGUUCUGUAAACUUCGGCAACCUCCUAAUCCAAUUAAUCUCACAUGAAAAGAAAAAGGCAAAGAAAAAAAAAAAGAAAAAAAGGGUGAAACCCAGAAGAAGAAGAAGACUGAAAAUUUGAGUUCCUUUAUCUUUACAACACAUGCUUCCUGCAAACUUGAAAAUGGUUUUUCGGAGUAAGCCUGAGGUCGUGCCACGCAUCCUAAGGGGGUUUUCCCUCAGCUGACGACUAAAUUGAUUAAACGAGCAAGAGGCGAUGCUAUCUAGAAAUAUGAAGGUGGUUUAUCUACUCUGUGUGUUGAUAUCUCUGCAAUCCAGGGUUGAAUCUGAUCGUCAAGGUGAUGCAUUAUAUGACAUGAAGAUUAAGUUAAAUGCGACUAGUAAUCAGCUCAUUGAUUGGAACCAAAAUCAAGUCAACCCUUGCACAUGGAACUCUGUUAUCUGUGACAGUAACAAUAAUGUUGUUCAAGUAACAUUGUCUUCCAUGGGAUUUAAUGGAAUCUUGUCACCAAGAAUUGGAGAACUGCAGUAUCUAACUGUUUUGUCGUUGCCUGGCAACAAUAUAACUGGUGGAAUACCUGAACAGUUCGGAAACCUCUCUAGUUUGACAAACUUGGAUUUGGAAAUUAACCGUCUCAGUGGAGAGAUACCAGCUUCCCUUGGCAAGCUUGCUAAGCUUCAGAUUUUGAUUCUUAGUCAAAAUAAUCUUACAGGGAAAAUUCCUGAUUCUCUUACAAAUCUCACUGCACUAAAUGACAUUCGUCUAGCUUUCAAUGGCCUAUCUGGACAGAUACCUGACGAACUAUUUCAAGUAGCCAGAUACAACUUUACAGGUAACGAUCUGAAUUGUGGUACAAAUCAGCAGCACCUUUGUGCUUCGAGCGUGUCUGUUCAAGGAAAAUCACCAAAUUCAAAAAUAGGAAUUGUGCUUGGAAUUGUUGGAGGUGUUAUAUUACUCCUUGUUAUAGGGGUUGUAUUUCUUAUAUGCAAGAGCCGGAGGAAAGGCUAUCGACGAGAAGAGUUUGUAGAUGUUGCAGGUGAAGAUGAUCGUAGAAUUGCUUUUGGACAAUUGAAAAGAUUCGCUUAUCGAGAAUUACAGAUUGCAACAGAUGGAUUUAGUGAAAAGAAUGUCCUUGGACAGGGUGGUUUUGGAAAAGUAUACAAAGGAGUGCUUCCAGAUAGCACAAAAAUUGCUGUCAAACGGUUGACUGAUUAUGAGAGUCCAGGAGGGGAAGCUGCCUUUUUACGUGAAGUUGAGAUGAUAAGUGUAGCUGUCCACAGAAAUCUUUUGAGGUUGAUUGGCUUCUGCACGACACCAACAGAAAGGCUUCUGGUCUAUCCUUUUAUGCAAAAUUUGAGUGUUGCAUACCGUCUACGAGAUUUUAAACCAGGGGAGCCAGUAUUAAAUUGGCCUACCAGAAAACGAGUGGCAUUAGGCACUGCUCGUGGAUUAGAGUACCUCCAUGAACAUUGCAGUCCUAAAAUAAUCCACCGUGAUGUUAAAGCUGCAAAUGUCUUACUUGAUGAGGACUUUGAGGCUGUUGUUGGUGAUUUUGGCUUGGCAAAAUUGGUAGAUGUGAGAAAGACAUCUGUCACAACUCAAGUUCGUGGAACUAUGGGUCACAUAGCACCUGAGUAUUUAUCCACUGGGAAAUCAUCUGAGAGGACUGAUGUCUUUGGUUAUGGAAUCAUGCUUCUGGAACUUGUCACAGGACAGCGUGCAAUUGAUUUUUCACGCCUAGAGGAAGAAGAUGAUGUUUUAUUGCUUGAUCAUGUGAAGAAGCUACAAAAGGAAAAGCGACUGGGUGAUAUCGUCGACCGAAACCUCAACAAUGAGUACGACGGCCAGGAGGUUGAAAUGAUGAUCCAGGUCGCUCUUCUUUGCACGCAGGCGUCGCCAGAGGACCGCCCAACAAUGUCAGAAGUCGUGCGGAUGCUAGAAGGAGAGGGUCUGGCCGAGAGGUGGGAAGAGUGGCAGCAAGUUGAGGUCAGGCAAGAAUACGAGAGGCUGCAGAGAAGAUUUGAUUGGGGUGAGGACUCAUUGUAUAAUCAAGAUGCAAUAGAACUCUCCGGUGCAAGAUGAUAUGUGACAUUGACACUUGAAAUGUGGAAGUAGUGAUAGAAACUUGAUCUCUUCUCCUUUUUGUAUCAGUUAUGUAUUAAUUGGCGGUUAAAUGGACACAAAGGGAUCCUUCUACUUG